AAUGGGAACUCCAAUUUAUCCUCUGAGGAAGAUUUUGGCAUUCAAUGACAGGGACUUGCUCCUCACCAUUUUUGUGAUUAAACCUUGACUUUCAACCACCCUUUAGUCUUAUAAAUCUUACAAAUAUCCAAAUACGUUCUCUAUAAAUAAGAGGGGACAUUUACAUAUGUACUUAAUUUUCUAUUUUCUAUUUCUAUUUCUACACCAAUAUUUGGUUUUCCAAAUUUCUCUCCCUUUCUGCUCUCAAAUAGCCAAAUAGCAGCCGCAAAAAUGGAAGACCUGGAUUCUCUGAUCAUCUACCCUGAGGUCUAAGGCUGCAAAAUUUUCCACAGGAGAAAACUACAUUCUUGAAUCUAGGAUGUUUUAUUCUGGACGCAUCUCUGUUUUCAUGUUUUCCUCUUUCUUGGUUUUGCCUUCUGCAAUGGUGCAUUAAUUGCCAGGAUCCUUUCUUAUUUUUAUGCAACAUGUUUCAAAACUUAAUCCUUGACCCCUUUCUGCCAACUUGUCCUCCUUCACAUUAAAUCUUGGACAAUUAUUGUCAAUUAUUGGUACUUGCUUUAUUUAUAAAAGAAAUUAAUGUGUUUCCUUGUAUAUAGUUUUAUAAUUAACCCCUUUCCCCCAAUUUAUUCUUUCCGUUAUAUACCAAAUCCCCUUACUGUUGCUGUUUCCAUAAAUAGCGUGUCUUCCAUUAAUUUGAGCAUAGGAAAAUAGAUAAAUCAUAGUCUAAUUUUUUCCUAGGGUUGGUUGAGAUUACGUGGAUCUUACUUUGGAACAGUGCUUGAACCUGAUGCAUGCACUAUGUGACUACAUAGACCUAACUCAUGUCAAUAACCUCUGAUAAUUUAAGGCAAAAAGCAUAAAUCAUGACCAGGUCGCUUUCUCUGAUGUUCAUUUACCAAACAUUGUCGAGGCUGCUUAUUAUUCAGCUAAACUUCAUUCCGUAACUAAUACCAGUAAUUAAGGUAACAACCAGUGACCUCAUUCAUGUUAGGAAUUCAAGUGGGUUGAAGUUCAUAUAAGGGAGAACAAGAGUUAAGGCAAAAGCUUAUGGAUGCCAGAAUUGAACUUGAAACCACAAAGCAUCUCAAGACAGAACUGUUCAAUCAGUUGAAAGUGGCUUACCAAGAGAGGGAUGAAGCAAGGUGUCAGCUAGUUAAACUGAUGAACCAGUUCAUGCCCUCUAGUUCAAACAAUUUGCAAAACGUGUUUGAUAUGCAAAAUCAUUUCACCUUCCCUUCUGCUAUGAGAGCAAGCUCAGGCAUAACAGAAUCUGAUAAUAGUCUCUCACACGGUUCCUCACAAGUGGAAUUCUUAUUUGACUCUUCCACAGAGGUUACAAACAUCAAUGCAGUUAACCCAUUUGACAAAAUGACUUAUCUCAACCAGAAUCUGAUUCAAGACUUCAAUUUUUCAGCACCCCAUGUAUCGAUGAUUCCUUCUGUAAAGCCGGUGUGUGAUCCUGCUGCUGCAGUUAUAGAUCGUCUUGCCAAUGAAAGAGGUUUGCCUCAAAUGGGUCAACUCCUUCAGGCUGUGAAAGAUGCUGGUCCAUUGCUUAAUACUUUGCUCCUUGCAGGGCAACUUCCUACAUGGGUAAAUCCUCCUCCUAUUGAAGAGAUCAAAGUGCCACCUGUAGCCAUAAAAAAGUGUGAUGUCACUAGCAUCAUCAAGCCUAACACUUUUGGAGAAAGUGGAAAUUCACUUCUAAAAUCCAAGAUUCCAACUUUACACCAUUCUUCAAAUGCUCUAUCCACGUGUUCUGCUUCCAUGCUCAACUUAGCUGGUCAAACCACUGGUUCAUGGAACAGCACAUGGCAGUUGAAUUCAACUUCUGGUGUCACUUCCAAGUCUCGUCAAUGAGCGACAAAGGCAUCAAAUUUUUUACCCCUUACUCUACUUUUUUCAAAAUAUGUAUAUGGCACACUCAGCUUUUGAGUGAAGCAGCACAGAUAGCCUUUUUUUUUGUUUUAACUAAAUUGUUGAGAGCUCUGCAUUUGACAAAAAAGGAAAAUUUGAAUUUUCGUAUUAUCAAAUGUAUGUUACAUCUCUGUGAUCUGAUAUUUUUUUUCUGCCCAUACCCAUCGGAUAGUUUUGUUUGUCGAAUUCAACUAGAAUGUCAAAACUUUGUCCAUCUCCCCUUCUCAUAUUAUGUUAAAUAUGUCAGCUUUUUGUAACAUUUACUUUAAAAAUAACGUUUGAGAUUCUUUGA